AUGGCUAAAGGAGGCGUUGGAAAGGUCGGUAUUUUUGAUGAAUCGAUCGAAAGUUGGGAGUCAUACACCGAACGGGUCGAGGUGUGUUUUAUUGCAAAUGGCGUCAAACCAGAAAUCAAAGUGGCCUCGCUGCUUAGUUUGAUUGGUCCUAAAACGUAUGGGUUGCUGAAGAAUCUACUGGCCCCAGCUAAACCAUUAGAUACGGGAUACGAUGAUAUUAUAGCCCUGCUAGAUAAACAUUUAAAUCCCAAACCAUCCGAGAUAGCGGAGAGGUUUCGCUUUCAUAAGAGAGAACAGCGCCCUGGUGAAGAUGUUAUGACUUAUGUAGCAGAAUUACGCAAGUUAUCAAUUCAUUGUAAUUUUGGAGAUACCCUCCAGAUCACAAUAAGGGAUCGCCUAGUUUGUGGUUUACGCCAGGAAGCUAUUCAACGUAAACUUCUAGCUGAAACGACACUAACAUUAGACACUGCUAUUCAGACUUCGGUUGCCAUGGAAACGGCAGGGAAGGACGCAGUUGAACUCCAACGAUCACAUAAUGACAAAGCAACGCCUGUACCCAUGAUGCCAGUACAUGCACGUUCAUAUCCACAAUAUGUCGGUAUUGUUCUAAGAAAGGGCAUAUCGAAAAAAGCAUGCUUGUCUAAAAAACGAGAACAUAAACAUGUGAAAUAUGUCAAAGAGGGAAGUGACGAUGACCUUAACCCAGAAGAACCAUUGUACUACAUCAAUCGAAUGGAGCAUGGACGCCCUGAUCCUAUCCGUAUCAGACCAAAUAUUGAGGGAACAAUGAUAGACAUGGAACUCGAUACAGGAAGUACAGUCACAUUGAUUUCUCAGGACUUGUACAAGGAACAUUUCUGUCAUAUACCACUACAUGAGACCACAAUAAGGUUGAAGACCUACUCUGGAGAAAAUAUCAAACCCCUUGGUGAGAUACGCGUUUCGGUUAACCUGUACAAUCAGACAGCAACAAAGAAUCUGUUAGUAGUACCGCAACAAGGCCCAGCAUUGUUUGGUAGAGACUGGCUUAGAACAUUUCAAAUUGAUUGGCAUGACAUUAAAGUACAUGUAUUGAGAUUGUCGUCCACACCGACUGAACUUCAGAACAUUCUCGAUGAACACAAAGCAGUAUUCUCAGAGGGAAUUGGAAAACUUAAAGGUAUCAAAGGUAGUAUUACUCUAGAGGAGAAUGCUCAACCUAAAUUCCAUAAAGCUCGCCUUGUACCAUACACAUUGAAACCCAAAGUUGAAGCAGAACUUCAGAGGUUGGAACAGCAGGGAAUUAUCAUACCUGUCAAUCACAGUAAAUGGGCAGCACCUAUAGUACCGGUUGUGAAGAAAUCAGGCCAGGUACGAGUAUGUGGGGAUUAUAAAGUCACCCUGAAUCCAGUCAUGAAGGUUGAACAGUACCCCUUGCCCCGCAUCGAGGUUAUAUUCUCAUCUCUGGCUUGA